UUUUUUUUUUUGUACAGGUAAACAUUAAACAUAGUCGGUAUAUCCUUCUUAAGUGGUAGGAUCCAUACUAAGCUAAGACACACUUAAAGAGGGAGCCCAAGAGAUAUAAUAUUGCCACUAUUAAUUUACACAUUUCCCUUAUGCAUAAGUUUUAAGUGUUUGCUGGUUUUAUUAUAAAGAGUGAGAGACAGGAAAGAGCACUUUUUUGUAGAAGAACUAUAGCAGAUUCUGUACUUGGAAAAUGACACGCUCCUUGCAACAGUUGUUCAGACACUACCUAGCAAAGUGGCACAUCUACAAAAACCGUCUGGUACGCAAAGACGGACACUGCAACAUUGAAUAUGGCAACGUGGGGUACAGCAAUCGUUUUGCGUAUGUGCAGGACCUCUGGACCACCUUUGUGGAGAUCCGCUGGCGUUACAUUAUUUUAUUAUUUGUGGCCUCUUUCACUCUUAGCUGGUUCAUUUUUGGACUUAUAUGGUAUUGGAUUGCUCAUGAUAAUGGUGAUCUUUGGUGGCAAAAUCCACCUUCAGACCACAAACCAUGUAUAUAUAAUGUUUUUGGCCUCACAUCUGCCUUCCUUUACUCACUAGAAACACAGACGACUAUUGGUUAUGGUCAGCGAGUGCUCAGUCCAUAUUGCCCUGGUGCUGUCGCCAUAAUUAUUAUCCAGUCCAUCAUUGGUUUAUUUAUUAACUGCUUCUGGUGUGGAUUGGUUAUGGCCAAAAUCGCUUUACCCAAGAAAAGAGCCAAGACCAUUACCUUCAGUAAAAUGGCAGUAAUUUGUCCCAAAAAUGCAGCUCUGUGUUUGCAGAUAAGGGUGGCCAACUUGCGUAAAACCUUAAUGAUUGGAAGCCAGCUAUAUGGCAAGCUGCUUAGGACAACAAUAACUCCAGAAGGUGAGACCAUCAUUAUGGACCAAGUCAAUAUUGAUUUUAGUGUAGAUGCUGGAAAAGACAACCUCUUCUUCAUUUGUCCAUUGACCUUGUAUCAUGUAAUUGACAAGACAAGUCCAUUUUUUAAAUUUGCUUCAGACACAUUGCUUCAACAGGAGUUUGAGCUGGUAGUGUUUCUGGAUGGCAUUGAUGAGUCCACCAGCUCCUCCUGCCAAGUCAGGACAUCCUACAUCCCUCAGGAGAUUAAGUGGGGUUACAAGUUCCUCCCUAUCAUCUCCCGCAGUAAAGAAGGGAAAUAUUGUGUGGACUUCUCCAAUUUUGACAGAGUGGACCCAAUUCCAACUGCACACUGUGCUCACUGCUUCUAUAAUGGCCAAUGUCAUCAUCAUAGUCCCAGAAAUGGUAUUGAUAACCAGGGUUUUGAAGUGAUUGAAAUUAUUGAUCAAAUCAGUGCUAACUAAAUGUAAGAUGAACCUCUGGAUUCACCAAAAGACUUAUUUGCUCUAUCCAUUAUGCUCGACAGAAAAAGCAAACAACCAAAUAAAUAAAUAAAAUGUGAAUAAAUAAACCCCUUCCAGGGUGUCCCCCAUCUUGCCCCUGGGAUAGGCUCCAGGUUUGACUGCGACCUAUUAACUAUAAGCGGUACAGAAAAUGGAUGGAUGGAAUAAAUGAAUAAAUAACAUAACCAAAAACACACACAGAAAAAAUAAUAUGUGCCUUAGGUUUCCAUUUUCAAUCAAUUAAAACAAUCAUAAAUGUAUAAUAACUGAAACUCAAUUACAGUGUUUGUUCCAUGAUCUAUAAUCCAUUCUGACUCUUAGCAGCAUAUAAUGUAACAAAACCCGGGCAUUAGAAUAUAACCAUUAAACAUGGCUUUUCUUAUUCUGCUGUAAACUUCUUAUUUUGUCAGAGUCACAUAGCGCUUUGUAGCCCUAUAUGUGUAUUGGAAACUUGUUUUUUGAUUUUUUUUUUUUAACGUGGAAUGAAUCAGUUAGGAAAAAUUACCUGAAUGCAGCACAGUUUGCUGUUGUGCACCAUAUUAACCAUAUGUUUCAAGUAUUAGCUAAUGCAACAUUAAUUAUUAUUGUAGCCCGCAACUCUCUGGCGAUCAGCAUCAUAACUUACUGGAAAGCCAAAGUGCACCUUAAAGAAUUUUCCAGUUCCUGCUUGCUGCUGAAAGUAGGAAGUAGUACACUAUUAUGUUAACAUAUUGCUUCAUGAAAAAGUGCUUAGGAGAAGCAUGUCUUAUGAAACCCCCAUAGCAUCUCCUGAUUCAACAUAAAGAGGAAGUUACUUUUUCAGAGGCAGAGGCCUGAUCAAGUUUAAAUGUUUAUUUUAUGACAAAUACCCUACCAUAUUAUGCAGACUGUUGAAUGACCAUCCAUCCAUCCAUUUUCUUUACCACUUAUCCUACACAGGAUUGUGGGGAGCCUGGAGCCUACCCCAGGGAACUUGGGGACCAAAGCAAGGGACACCAUGGAUGGGGUGCCAACACAUUGCAGGGCACAAUCACACAUAUACACUCACACACCCGUUCACACACUAUGGACAAUUUGGAAAUGCCAAUCAGCCUACAAAACAUGCCUUUGGACUGGGGGAGAAAACCAGAGUACCCGGACACAGGGAUAACAUGCAAACUCCACAUGCAUAGAGUGGAGGCAGGAAUUCAAACCCCCAACACCAGAGGUGUGAGGCAAAUGUGCUAACCACUAUGCUCCCCGACUGUUGAAUGUAUUGUUCUAUACACAGACACAUUGAAUCAUGUAAAAGAAAAUGAAUAUGUAAAUAUAUCAAAUAUAUUGUAUAUAUACACUCAUUGUAGGAACACAUGUACACCUGCAUAUUCAGCAGCAGUUUCUGGAAUACUGAAACCAGUCCACCAACAUCCAUGCCACGGUUAAAGUCACAGAGAUUACAUUUGUUCCCCAUUCUGAUGUUUGAUGUGAACAUUAACUGAAACUCUUGACCUGUAUCUGCAUGGUUUUAUGAAUUUAUGCAUAUUUCUGCUGCCACAUGAUUGGCUGCAUAAAUGAGCAGGUGAACUCCUAUUAAAGUGAGUGGUGAGUGUAUAUGGGUGUAACACAUUGGCAUUAUUUGAAUCUGUGUAGUGCUCAAAAUAUUUGUAUCUGUUUUUGUCUUCAAAUAUACAAAUAUAAAAAUAUAAUUUUUUGUCUUCAAAUGGAAUGGCCCAUAUCGGAUUUAUUUAUUUUUUUUACACCCAUGUCAAAUUCAUCUUUGAAAUGGCAUCUUGCCAGUCCGUUUCUGGUAUAUGGUUUUUUCCCAGUGACUGUAUAUAUGGAUGGUCGUCAACAGAGAUUCAAAAGUGAAGCCAAAAUAUAUCUGAGGCCCUUAAAAUCUUUCAUUUUAAGUUACACAACACAAUCAAAUUAUUUUCUGGAAUAGUGUUCUGUUGUUUUCACAAGUUCAGCUGACCCUGAUAAUGUGGUUUACUAUAAAUAGUUAGUAACCAGCUUAUGUUGCAAUUCAGGUAACAGCAUGCACACCCACAUAAUGUAAUUUGUGGGUGGGUGAGAGGCAGACUCAAAGUCCACUUGGACGUAUUUACUGCUCGUGCUCUGGCUGCAACAGAGUCUACUGCGCAGACUCUGGCUACACAUUUUUCAAGAUGGUGACUACUAUUUCAACCCGUAAAUGGCUUCAAAAACUCACAAUGGGAGUGAGUGGUGUGAAUGGUUGUCCACUCAUGUACAGUCUUUGGGUUCUCCCCAUUAAUGAGGUCUUGAAUCACUGUAAAUAACAGCAUGGCAAAGAUUGACAGACUUUACUAAAAGGACUUUGCUUGAUGUUGACUAUUUUCUAUCAUUUUUGUUAUCAUACUUUUUCUAGGUAGCUAGUGGCCUACUGGUUAAGCCAGAGCACUAAUAUCCUGUGGACAGUACUGGUCUUCUUAUUAAUAAGCUUGCAAAAUAUUUGAGCUGGCAGCUAGAUUACUAGCCAACUGAAAGUCUAGUUAGCAUUUCCCUAACUCUUCUCUGUGCAUGUAUAUGUUAUGUGUGUUUCUUCUAUAUUUAUCUUGUGGAUCUUGAACAGCUUGAAUAAAAUUCAUAAGAAAAGCUGAUUUUUUAAAAAGUAUUUAUCCAGGCUUAAACCUCUUAGUGCUAAGAAACACACCUUGUUUGGGUCUGUGUGAAAUUUCAAAUGUUCUUCCUUUGUUUGUUUAAAUUUAUUUUUGGUUCACCAGUUUCCUUCUAUCAGGAUGAAUUGUUCUCUGCAUUGUUCCCAGUGUUCCCAGGAUAGGCUGCAAUAUCAUAUAUCUAUCUGUCUGCUCUGUUUGCUGGUUUGAUGGUUUAUACUAUGCCUCUUUCUACUUUUUUUAUUGAAAAUUAUCUGUACAUAUAGGGUUGAUUUAAAAUGGAUAAAGGUGCACUCCUAAAAAUAGGGACUUAUAUAAUAAUACAUAAUAGUACAAUAAAAUAUGUCAAAUAAAAUUAAAUAUAUAAAAUUAUUUUAGGUAUCUUAUAUUUGAAAUGAAAGUGAAAUUAUGUCACGCUUGUUUUUGUCAUGUAUUGCUGGAGGGAGCUCUGCAGCCACUGCACCUCUACAUCACAAUCACAUGACCACUUGCACCUGUUCCUAUUCCUGCUAACGAGCACCUUUGUGUACAUAAUCACUGUUUGCAGCACACUUGGCCUUGCUUUGUUUUACCUCUGUUGUCAGGUUAUGCUUUCUUGCCUCGUAUGUGUUGUAUUUUUAUAUUUUGUCCUCAUCUUCAUUAAACCUUUUUUUUAAAUCUG